UUGAAGGGUCAGCUGCAUUGGGUAUUAGUUGUCCAAAAUGUCUUCAUCUCCUGGUGAAAAGCCUUCUCCUGCUACCGAUAGCUUGAGUAAGCGGCAUGAGAGUGUAUUGAGACUUGAGGAGGAUGAGGGUGAAGAUGAGGAUGAAGAAGAAGAUAUUGAUUUCAAUCCUUUUUUAAAAGGAACUCUUUCGCCCGAAGCUUCUUCAAGCCUGAGCUCUGAUGUAGAAGGUUUAGACGGUGGAGUUGUUGACAGCAGCAGAACCACUAUUGAACCUGCCAGGAUUAAUUCUUUGAGAGUGGCUUGUGAGGUGCAAAAGUGUUCUGUUGGGGAUUCUGAGCAUGGGGAGGAAGAAACCUUGAUGCAAACUAAUGUUUCUCCUGACGGCACAUCUGCAAAUGAGUUUGAAAAAACAGUUUCCGGAAAUGCUAACAGUGAAGCUGUUCAAGAAGAGGAUCAUGUCUCAAGCAGUGAAACUGAUGUUAAUGUUGCUAUAGUAGGAGAGUUGACUAACACAGAAGACAUUCCAAAGCCCACUAUGGAUUUAGAUGAUGAGGAUGAGGAUGCUAUUUGUAAACGCACCAGGGCCCGCUACUCAUUAGCAAGUUUCACACUUGAUGAACUCGAGAAUUUUCUUCAAGAAACAGAUGAUGAGGACGACCUCCAAAAUGUUGAUGACGAAGAAGAAUACAGGAAAUUCCUCACUGCUGUUUUACAGGGUGAAGGUGAUGACCAGUCAACUAAAGAAAAUGAAAAUGCUGAUGAUGAAGAUGAGGAUAAUGAUGCAGACUUUGAGAUAGAACUUGAAGAGUUACUUGAGAGUGACGGGGAUGAAAAUUCUAGGGACAACAAAAGUAUAGAUGAGAAUGGGGGAGCUGGAAGACGACCAAAGACUAGGCAGAAUGAGUGUCAAAAAGCACCUGCCCAAUGCAAGAAGAAGAAUUUAGGACAGACAAAAUGGCCGUUGCGCCCCCUUCUACCAGUUAUGCCAAAAGGGACCACUGUCUUGUUUCUCUAAUCAUGCCAGCAGAAAUUUAA